GCUGCUGGUCAGAGGGCAGCGGGUCCAUGACGCCGGCCAGGCCUCUGGGGGAACUCGGGGGCCGAGAGCACGCAGAGAGAGCUUCCAGGCCCCUCGCGGGGCUGUGGGUCUGCCCCGAAGAUGCCCACCAACGGCCUGCACCAGGUGCUGAAGAUCCAGUUUGGCCUUGUCAACGACACUGACCGAUACCUGACAGCUGAGAGCUUCGGCUUCAAGGUCAAUGCCUCGGCCUCCAGCCUCAAGCGGAAGCAGAUGUGGGUGCUGGAGCCUGACCCGGGGCAGGGCACCGCCGUGCUGUUCCGUAGUAGCCACCUGGGCCGCUACCUGUCAGCCGAGGAGGAUGGGCGCGUGGCCUGCGAGGCCGAGCGGCCGGGUCGCGACUGCCGCUUCCUGGUCCUGCCGCAGCCCGACGGGCGCUGGGUGCUGCGCUCAGAGCCACACGGCCGCUUCUUCGGCGGCACCGAGGAUCGGCUGUCCUGCUUCGCCACGGCCAUCUCCCCGGCCGAGCUGUGGACCGUGCACCUGGCCAUCCACCCGCAGGCUCACCUGCUGAGCGUGAGCCGGAGGCGCUAUGUGCACCUGUGUCCGCAGGAAGACGAGCUGGCGGCAGACAGCAACACGCCGUGGGGGGUGGACGCGCUCCUCACCCUCAGCUUCGAGAACCGGCAGUACUGCCUCCGGUCCUGUGACAGCCGCUACCUGCGCAGCGACGGCCGCCUCGUCUGGGAGCCCGAGGCCCGAGCCCGCUACACGCUGGAGUUCAAGGCGGGCAAGCUGGCCUUCAAGGACUGCGACGGCCGCUACCUGGCGCCCGUGGGCCCCACGGCCACGCUGAGGGCAGGUCGCAACGCGCGGCCCAGCAAGGACGAGCUCUUCGACCUGGAGGAGAGUCACCCGCAGGUGGUGCUGGUGGCCGCCAACCACCGCUACGUGUCCGUGCGGCAAGGGGUCAACGUCUCUGCCAACCAAGAUGAAGAACAGCAUCAUGAGACCUUCCUGAUGCAAAUUGACCAGGAGACAAAGAAGUGCGCCUUCUAUUCCAGCACCGGGGGCUACUGGACCCUGGUCACCCAUGGGGGCAUCCAGGCCACGGCCACACAAGUCGCUGCCAACACCAUGUUUGAGACGGAGUGGCGCGGCCGGCGGGUGGCACUCAAGGCUAGUAAUGGGCGCUACGUGUGCAUGAAGAAGAACGGACAGCUGGCGGCCACUAGCGAUUUUGUGGGUGAGCGAGCACCCCUCACCUGGCCUGGGAUAGAGCCCGGGGGGGCGGCGGGCGCUGGGCCACCCCUCAGCCCCCACCACUCCCCACCAGGUGAGGACGAGGAGUUCAUUCUCAAGCUCAUCAACCGCCCCAUCCUGGUGCUGCGGGGCCCGGACGGCUUUGUCUGCCACCGUCGUGGCUCCAACCAGCUGGACACCAACCGCUCGGUCUACGACGUCUUCCACCUGAGCUUCAGCGACGGCGCCUACCACAUCCGAGGCCGCGGCGGCGGGUUCUGGAACAGCGGCAGCCACGGCCGCGUGCGCAGCGACGGCGAGCGCGCCGAGGACUUCCUCUUCGAGUUUCGCGAGCGCGGCCGCCUGGCCAUCCGCGCGCGGAGCGGCAAGUACCUGCGCGGCGGCGCCUCGGGGCUGCUGCGCGCCGACGCCGACGCCCCCACCGGGGCCGCGCUCUGGGAGUACUGA